AUGUGGAUUUUACCAUUGCGUGGGAAACACAUGGUGUGGGCCAUAACGGCUUGCUGCUGUCAAGGCUUCCUCCUUCUUGGAUAUGAUCAAGGCGUUAUGAGCGGAAUCAUCGGUGCGAACAACCAGUUCGGAAAGGAUUUCAACCAUCCGGGCACAACAGCACAAGGAACUAUUGUGGCAAUAUAUGAUAUUGGCUGCGCCCUCGGGAGCCUUGUGGUCUUUUUCUGGGGCGAAUCUGUCGGACGAAAACGAAUGAUCAUGUCAGGUGCUACCAUUAUGGUUAUCGGUACCGCUAUUCUGACGAGUUCGACAACGAGAGCUCAGCUCUAUGUUGGACGUAUUGUGACCGGCUUUGGUAAUGGCUUUAAUUCUUCUUCAAUUCCGGUUUAUCAGUCGGAAACUUGUGCUGGACAUAUUCGAGGAGCUUUGGUCUGCUUAAACUCUACGGUUACGAUCAUAGGACUGGUCAUAGCUUAUUGGCUGGACUACGGUAUGAGCUUCGUGUUAGGACCAAGCCAAUGGCGUCUACCGAUUGGUUUCCAAGCCGUCUUCGCGCUAUGCCUUCUUCUCCAAAGUGCGGUGCUUCCCGACUCGCCUAGGUGGCUCAUUGCCCACGGGCACAAAGAAGAGGCUGCACAAAUCAUUGCCAUGCUCGAAGACCGGGACAGUCCAGACCAUCCCGAUGUCUUAAGAGCGCAAAGGGAGAUCGAGCUGUCUUUAGAGCAGGAGAGUGCUGGAGGACCGUUCAAAUAUAGCGAGUUGCUAGAGAAUGGUCCCAUUGGCAAUUUCCGCCGGAUAUGCCUCUGUAUAGGUGUAAAUGUCAUGCAACAGUUUACAGGUUCGAAUAUGAUCAACUACCUCGCACCCGUGGUAUAUGAGAACACGAUGGGCCUUUCGCGAAACCUUUCUCUAAUAUUAGCAGGAUGCACUUCGGUUACCUACAUGUUCGCUUCAUUCAUCCCUCUUUGGACGGUCGAUCGCUAUGGCCGCAGGCCUUUGCUGAUGAUAUCCGCUACCGGUCUCUCAGCAUGUUUCAUCAUAGCCUCUGCCCUUUUGUCGACUGGAAAUAAAUCUGCGGCCUAUGGUGCUACGGCUAUGGUGUUCAUCUUCCAAAUAUUCCUCGGAAUCGGGUACCUGCCUAUCCCAUGGCUCUAUCCAGCGGAGAUCAGCACCACUCGUAUACGCGCUCGGGGAUCUGCAAUAUCAAGUUUCUUCAAUUGGAUGUGUGUCUUUGCGGUCGUCGAAAUGACACCACCUGCCAUUCAGAACAUCAAUUGGCGUGUCUUUAUCAUCUUCGCGAUAUUUAACGCUUGCUGGGUCCCCAUCGUCUAUUUCUUCUUCCCCGAAACGCGUGGCCUGGAGUUGGAAGCUAUAGAUCACAUCUUCGAGAAGGGUGGUAUCACCGGAGGAGUUUGGAGUAGUCGUGGGCGCACUGUUGUGGGCAACCCGGUGGCCGAAGCCGUGAAAGCCGAAACCGAAAUGGACGUUAAAGAGGAUACGGGAAAGGAAGACGUGUAG